UUUCUCUGAUUCUCAUGUUAAAAAUUAAUAAGUUUUGGUAAGAUUUUAAGAGAAAUAAUGCCUUUGAGGCUGCUAUGAGUAGAGAGAAUAAAAGAAGAGUUAUUUGAAGCUGCUUGUGGCGUGGCGCGCCUGCGAACAGCAAUGGGUAGGCCACCUGCAUGGCAAGCGCUCGAACCCGGUUGUAUAACAGGCAGGCGCUAGAUGGACCCAAGCUGGCCAAAAAUAACCCCGCGGUGCUCGUCGGUGGUGCGCGAGGCAGCGACGUGGGACGUGCACGGCGAACAAACAAAUGACGGUCGAUCCGUGUGUGUGUUGAAAAGUCAAGUCGAAUGUCUGCAAGCUGUUCGGACGGACAGCGCACUCGGAAAUGGGCCCAAAAUGAGCCGACCACGGCGCAAGUGAGGCGGCCGGGGGCAUGCUGAGGACUGGUGCGGAGCCGCGACCGAAGAAUGCAGGCCGAGGAGGGCAACAAGACCCUUAAGCGCAACCCCAAGGUGGAGUUGGGCAGGAGCGACCUGCUCAAGUUGCUGGGCCACUUGGAGGGAGAGUUGCAGGCCAGGGACGUCGUCAUCGCCGCCUUAAAAUGCGAACGCGUGAAGCAACUGCUGAUCGGCAGCAGCCGCGUGACCUCAUCGCUGGCUGCCCUGCAGCGGGACGGCUCGCUGGUGCGGGGCCCCAAGGUGGACGAGGGCGCCAUCAAGAACCUGGCCGAUCGCCAACUUGCCGCCCUCGAAAACCUGAUCGUGCAGAACCGUCGCGUGCAGGUGCACAUGAACAAGGUGCUCAAGGAGACGGAAGAGCGCCACGUUCAGGUGGUGAAUCAGCUGGACAAGAUGAAGCUCGCUAUGCAGGACGACGCCGAGUCGGAAGCUGAGAAGGCAAGAUUGAGACAAGAAUUGGAAGUUGAAAAGCAAGAGAAGAUGAAGUUGGAGGAAGAUUUAAAGAAAAUUCAAGAGCAAUUGGAAGAGGAGCGUAAUCGUCAGAAGCAGAUUGUCCUCUUGCUCUUGGCAGACAGAAGGAAAGUAAUAAUGAAGUACAUUGAAGAGAGAAAACGUUCCGAAGACCUCGCUCAAAUUUUGAGUGAAGAAAAGGCGCGCGUAGACUCGAUGGCGGAAGGCCUGGAAGAGGAGAGCAAGCGGGCGCUUCAAAUGGAGGCCGAUCUUGAAAAGCACCACGCAACCUUUCAGGUUGAGCGACAGCAACUGAAAGCAGCCCUGGCCAAGGAAGAAAAACGCGCUCGAGAAGCGGAAAUUCAAUUGGAGGCAUUUAAAAGGAAGUUUGCCGAGGUUGCAACAAUGGGAAGACCGCAGAGUUCUUCGACCUUGGUCACCAAAGUGGUGCAACCAACGGCAACGGUGUCCAGUAAACCCGUCAGCGCCCCAGUGACUGGUAUAGCCAGGAGUGUGGCAUCAGCACCAGUUUCAAGAAUUGCAGAAUCUCCACAGGUGGUGCAGAUGUCCCCUCACGUGAGCCUGCAGGCGAGUCCAGGCACCAAGGUGUUCACAAGCACCAAUCAGGACGGCAGGGUGACGUACCACGUGAAAAGUGCGGUCGCCCCUCCACUGCCAGCUGCAGCCAAGAAACCGCCCUUGGUGCCCCCUGCCGCGGGCCGAGGGGCGCCUCCCCCGAUCCCACCUAACAAACCGGUGGUGCCCCCCAAGAGCAAAGACCUCGAGACCAACAAGACUUUGAGCAUCAAGCAGCCACCCAGGAAGACUUGAACUUCAAGUUAAACACGCGCCAGGGCCUUCUUGUGAUACGGGCACGUACAGAAUAUAUAAAUCGGGACUCUUCUUACUUGUAUCAAUAAUUUUUAAGUUCGAUAUCAUUCUAGUCAGCAUUUUGAUUGAAUGUUUGAGUGAUUAUUUUUGUACACAACACUGCUUUUGCGUUUUUCUUCUUUCUUUGAGACUUUGACUCAAUCAUGCAAUCAAAACUCACGCUAGUUCCUAUUAUAUGAAUAUCUAGUCAGCCCGCAUUUUGGAAGGCUCUGGUCGCUUAUUUAUGGUGCGAGAUUUUAUUUUCAUUGCGUCUUGUCCUGUUAAUUGAUUGUUUUGUAAAAUGAACACAAACAAAUUAAGUGACGUGUCUGUAGCUGCAGGUCUUCCACACCGAGCAAUUUAUUCUAAUACUUUUCCUCUUCAGCACACGCUUCUGUCCUAAAUUGUUGUAUGGUUUCUGCAUAAUCUACAAAAUAACACUAACUGAUGAUGUGAUAGAAGGAAACUAUUAUUAUUAUGAAGUUGAACUACUACUGUAUACUUGAUAAUUGUGUGUAUUUGCGUAAUAUAAGUGAUAAUUGAUCGGAAUAUUUUCUCAGCCUAUCAAUAUUUGAGAGGCUUGAAUUACAAAUUUUCCUGGAGUGAUUUUGCAAUUUUCAUAAAUCAAGUUUCUCAAAAACUUGUAAUUUGCUUUUGACCGAUUUUUUAUUUAUAUUAAUUAUAACUAAAGAAGAAUUUUGGUCUGUAUAAAAAUUUAGCCCAGAAGGAAGUAAAAGAGUCAAACAACUUAAAAAAAGUUCGUGAUUUUGCAAUUUGCUUCUAUAACGCAAAUACAUAUUUCCUCAUUAUCCAUUGGUUAAUUUAACCAUUUGAUGAUAGUUCUUCUAAUUUAUUGAUGGUUUCCACGUAGAGCACCCCACUCCUUGCUCGUAGGUUUAGUUGGGUGAGUGCAAGUUAAACCACAAAGUUCACUGUGGAAUUAAUGUAGAAUGCCUCUAUGAACAAAAUCUAAAACGUAAUACGUGUAUGUCCAUUACUAAGCAACCCGUCAAAAACGAGAAAAUCUGUUAUUAUAACACAUUUCACAAACGAUCGACAGUGAAAUAAAAAAUAAUAAAAGCUACGAAGGAAGUAUUCUGGUAUAUAAUACAAAUAAACAAAAAAAACUCAUUACUCAUAAUAUUGUAGUCAUUAGUCCACAUAAUAUGACUUGGAAGAGAAAAACUUCUUGCUUAUUUUUCAUCUUCUGGACCUGUGUGAUCCAUAAGAAGUAGUGUCAAAAACGCUUGUUGAAAAUUAUAUUAUUCAAAAAGAACAAUGUUUUUAUAAAUAAAACAGAAAAUGCGUUCAGCAAUAUUUGAAUUAAUAUCAUUC